CAACCCAGCAUCCAAUUUAUUGGAGAGUACCUAAAUCAUACUUCUGUUACCUACUAUCGAGACUUUAGACAUAUACGCGCAGUAUUUGAUGCCCACGCCUGUUUCGCAUGGGUGUACUCCUUGCCUAACUUCGAAUCCCUUUCAUCACAAGUCUAGACCUUUGGAUGAAUUGAUCGGUCCGGCAUGGCCGACAAAGCAGACACGGCGGACAGCCACCAGGGGGGAGCCCCCACCGCUCACCGGUGGAUAUGGUUCGUGACAGGGCCAACAGCCUGCGGCAAGACAACCGUGGCCAAGCAACUAGCGGAGGAGCUCAAAAUGACAUACUUGGAGGGGGACGACUUCCACCCCAAAUCCAACGUCGACAAGAUGUCCCGCGGCGAGCCGCUGGUCGACUCGGACCGGUGGGACUGGCUGCGCGCGCUGCGGGACCGCGAGCUGGUCAAGCCGCCGGGCAAGCCGACCGACAACCUCGUCGUCACCUGCUCGGCGCUGAAGCGGCACUACAGGGACGUCCUGCGCGAGGGGUCCACGGACGAGCCGGGCCUGCGGAUUCGCUUCGUCUAUCUCGAGGCGCCCGAGUCGGUCCUGGUGCGGCGAGCCGCGGCCCGGAAGGGACACUUUGCCGGCAGCAACUUGGUCCAUUCGCAGUUCAUGGACCUCGAGCCACCUGAGGAGGAUGAGGAUGAUGUCGUCCGGAUAGAUGUUGAUCGCAGUCCCGACGAGGUCCAGAAGGACGUGGUAUCAAGGAUCGGGGAGAUUAUGGGGAGAGACAAUCCUUAGACGGUUCUAAAUAGUGGGCAUUGUUAUGCAAUUGAUCACAGAGUAGAAAGUUUAGACAAGCGUGGAAUUGGCUGGGCUGAUGGAGUCUAAAGGCAUAAGGAGGCAAGGGCGCCCGAAGAACCACUGUUAGUCCUUAACGAGUCAUUCCUCAGCAGGGAGGUGAUCCAAGCGGCAAAUCUAUUGCCACACCCUUUUCUACAUCGUCCCCUAUUCUAGAGUAGCAGACUACUAGCGAGCUGCGUGGUAUUGCUAAUUGCUGGUCAGCAGUCGACAGUGUACCGAGAGUCGAGCGAAGUCGGGGCAUGAAGUCAGCCCUUGCGGGCCUCAGAAGAAAUGUGUAAUUAUGCCGUCUAAUAAUUAGAUGCUUUCUCAAUGAUUUUGCCUCCCCCGUGGAUCAAAGCUACCUCCCAAUGCUUCUAUCCUGCAC